CACAUCGCCCAAGUGCUAGUCGCCUAGCCCACCAUAUUGCAGGAAUCAUGUCCUUCGCCGGCGUAUCCGUCGUUGCCGAUGGCAAGCUGCUGCAGCCAUCCGCGGCGUCGGCCAUGUCCUACUCCGGCACGGCCAGCGGCAGAGGGUGUCACCUGCUUGUGGUCGAAGGUUACUCCCGCGUCAAGGACCUGCCCACUGGAGAAAAAAUCAUGGGUCGCUCUUUCAGAGCCGGAGGAUACCAAUGGGCUCUGAUGCUAUGUCCCCAUGGUUGCCUGGGGGAUGGCAGUUCCAUGUGCGUUUAUCUUGCCCUUGGCCAGCAGGUUGCGCAGCCAGUGAAGGUGCAUCUCCAAUUUAGUUUCAUGGAUGGGUUUGACAAGCAAGAGCCUGCAUGCAUUCGUGCAAUUAAAACAUGCGACUUCUCUAACACCUACAAAGUCCGGGGUGAACAUCAUUUCAUGAAAGGAAAGGACCUUGAGCAGUCUGGGCAUCUCAAGGAAGAUUGUCUCAUCAUCCGGUGCGAUUUUAUCAUCGCUGAAGCUGCCGAUGCUCCUCCAUUCGUUAAGGUGCCGCCAUCUAAUACUCCCACCAUUCCUAAAUGUAAUGCGCAUAGAUAACAGCCCACAUACCAAUGCAUGUGCUAGCGAUAAGUUUUGGACGAGAAAGCCCCAAUCGUUCUGUUCGAGGUUCCAUGCCAGUAGAAUAGAAAAUUAGAGAGAAACUACGGCACCCUCGAGUCAUCUGGGUCUGUCCCAUCUGAUGUGUACGAGAACAAAUAAACAAGGGAGGGAGGCUCUGCGUUUGA